AAACGAUCAAAAUCCAAAGUCCAAACCCAAUCUUCUUGUUUUCUCUGAUUUUUUUCUUCUCUGUUCGAUGAUCCACAAUUCUAUCGGGUCGGGUCGCCGGAUUCUGACGUUUCCGGCGGUUCAUCCCUGCGAAGCUACGUCCUCAACCACACUACUCAACUCUCUAAUCGAUCUUUCAGAGAAUAUCUGCAGUUUCCUAUCGAAAUUCUUCCCAAGCAACAGCCGAAACGCGCGCGAAACGAUUCGGCAAAUCCGGAACCUUUCGCUUGUCCUGGUGGAGUUAAGAGAUGUCGGUUCGGAUCUUCCAGGUUCGAUUAUCCUCUGUCUCUCCGAGCUGCAUUUGAUAUUCCAGAAGGCUCGCUACCUACUAGAAGACUGUACCCGAGAAGGUGCCCGGCUAUGGAUGCUAAUGAAAUCGGAUCGCGUCGCAAGUGAGUUCCGGGGGCUGGUUCGGGCAAUCGCUACGGCUCUCGAUGUUUUGCAACUUGAGUCUGUUGCUGGCGUUUCGAGUGAAGUGAAGGAGUUGGUUCAGCUUGAAAUAAAACAAGCGCGAAAGGGACGAUUUGAAGUUGACCCGGAUGAUAAACGGUUCAUGGGUGAUGUCUUGUGGAUACUGCACCAGCUUGAGGAUUCGAUCAUCCCAGAUAAAGAUACCCUAAAACAGGUUCUAGAUUAUCUGGGUAUUAGAAGAUGGAGUGAAUGCAAUAAAGAGAUCAAGUUCUUGGAUGCAGAGAUCGCAAUUGAGUGCUCAAACGUGGAAAAGAGAGGAAAAGUCUCUCUCUUGAGUGGUUUAACGGGUUUACUGAGCUAUAGCAGGUGCGUAUUGUUCGAUUCUGUUGAUUCUCCAAAAUUGAAUGAGAAAGGCAAGGCUCAGAUGCUUAAUGGCCUCGACCCAGAUGAUUUUCGCUGCCCAAUUACGCUGGAGUACAUGAAAGAUCCAGUGACAAUUGAGACUGGACAUACUUAUGAUCGUAGUUCAAUAUUGAAGUGGUUCAGGGCCGGAAACCGAACCUGUCCCAAGACAGGUGAGAGACUCACCACCACAGAAUUAGUCCCCAAUUUGGUGCUCAAGGAGCUAAUCCAGCAAUAUGGUGCCGAGAAUGGCAUACCAAUGGCAGAAUCAGCUCAUAAGAAUCGUGACAUUAAAAGAACGGUUGUUGCAGGAAGUUUGGCAGCAGAGGGAGCUUUCAGAUUGGCUUCUAAUUUUCUUGCUAGUAGAUUGGUGGAUGGUGAUGAUAUAGAGAGAAUUAAGUCUGCUUAUGAGGUGCGGCUUCUUGCGAAAGCAAGCAUUUUUAAUAUGUCUUGUUUGACAGAAGCCGGAGUGAUUCCACCUCUAUUGAAACUGUUGUUGUCAUCUGAUGCAUUGGCGCAAGAGAAUGCUAUCGCUGCAUUGUUGAAUCUUUCUAAGCAUACGGAGACCAAAGCCAUUAUUGUAGAUAAUGGGGGAUUGGAUUUGAUUGUGGAGGUUCUGAAAAAGGGACCAAAGGUGGAGUCUAGGCAGCAUGCAGCUGCUACAUUAUUUUACAUUGCUUCCAUUGAAGAGUAUCGAAAAGUGAUUGGGGAGAUUCCGGAUGCUAUACCAGCUUUGGUGGAGCUCAUUAAGGAAGGGAAUGACCGCUGCAAAAGGAAUGCAAUUGUUGCAUUAUUUGGGCUCCUAAUGCACUCUGACAACCAUUGGAGGGUGCUUGCAGCUGGAGCAGUCCCUUUGCUUCUCAAUCUAUUAACAUCUGCUGGUAGAGAAGAUCUUAUUACUGAUUCCCUUGCAGUUUUAGCAACCUUAGCCGAAAAACUUGACGGGGCAAUUGCAAUUGUGCACUUCCAACCGUUGCCCAUUAUUGGGGUUUUGGAUUCCUCAUCUUCAAGAACUGGAAAGGAGUACUGUGUGUCAUUAUUACUGGCUCUCUGCCUUAAAGGUGGACCGAGCGUGGUUGCUACGCUUGUGAAGAGCCCUACUCUAAUGGGAUCUUUGUAUUCCAUACUGAGUGAAGGCACUUCUCGAGCAAGCAAGAAGGCCAGUGCACUCAUCAACAUCCUCCAUGAAUUCUGUGAAAAGACCUCCUCAAGCUCGAUGAGACCACCUCUUCCAAGAGAACAAUUUAUUCACGCAUGGUAAUCCCAACUUUUUUCCGGGUUCUCCAUUGCCUUAUACUAUCUACAGGCAUUUGAUUCUGUAAAUACACUUAAGUGUAUAGGGAUGCUUGCUUUUAUUUCCCUUUGUUGGAUUGGUAUUAGCUCAGUUUUUAAAAGAGUUAAUAACCACAUUGGCUUCUGUUUUUUCAAUGAAGCUUUGUACAAAUAUAUCAUUGUAUUGUGUGAUUCUUUUUUUUCAGAUUAGCAAAUAAAUAAUGUUGCAGAACUGUAAUAAUUCAUUGAUUGCAAGUUUCAAUGUAAACAAGGUGUUUUCUUGGCCUUGGCUUUCCUUUAA